CGAUUUCAUCAUGAGAAUAUUGUCGACCUGAUUCAUGUAUUUUGGCAGAAAAAAAAGCUUCACUUGGUGUUUGAAUUUAUUGAUCAUACAACUCUAGAUGAGCUCCAGCAUUAUUGGAUAACAAAAGGCCUAAAAUACCUUUUCUAGCUACUCCAAGCAAUUGAGUACCUUCACAACAAUGAUGUAAUACACCAUGAUCUCAAACCUGAGAAUAUUUACUUAACACCAAGUGGAAUUACUAAACUUUGUGAUUUUGGUUGUGCUUAAACAUUAGCUACUCCUGCUGAUGUUUAUACAGAUUAUGUGGUUACACAAUGGCACAGGGCUCCUGAACUGGUUUUAAAAGACCCCACAUAUGGAAAAUAUAUGUGUGUUCUUUUUCAGGGGUGUCUGGACACCUCUUCUUCACAGUAUUUUAUAAAGAGCCCAGGAUUUUCAGGGAUGGUACUUCCUGAAGUCCAGCAUCCUAAAAACACAAGGAAGAGGUUUCCCCAGCUCGCUGCCUUACUGGAGAUGCUGUUCGCUAUUAGAAACCCCAUUCAGCUACAGACUGUCGCCCUAACUCGUACGACGAGUUCAAUUGGACCUCAAUUCAGCGGUUCAUUUGUAUUUAACAAAGGAGCACAUGCUCAACUACAAGCGCACUGGAUUCAGGCACACGCCUACCCGCUUUUCCAGCAGGAUGACUGGGCU